AUGCAAGCCGUCAGAGCUGAUCUUCGGGUUCCGACGCUAUUCGGAGUAAAGGGCCAGGUGGCACUUGUGACGGUGGAGGUUCCGGCUGCACUUGUGCAGAAUGGUGCCAGGGUGUACAUUUCGUCAAGGAAAGAGAAACAACUGAAGGAGGUGUCGGAGGCCCUGACCAAAGCUGGGCCAGGAAGCUGUCACUACUUUGUCACGGAUCUUUCUACGAAACAAGGAGUGGAUAGUCUUGCCGCAUUCAUCAAAUCCAAGGAACCAAAACUACACAUCCUCGUUAACAAUAGCGGUGCAACGUGGGGUGGGAAGUACGAUGAUUUCCCGGAGAAGGAAGGAUGGGAUCGAGUGAUGAACCUCAACGUGAAAAGUUUGUUUUACCUAACUGCUGCUUUGACGCCGCUUCUGGUGAAAGACUCGACGAAUGUCACUCCUGGAAGGGUGAUCAAUAUUGCGUCUGUCGCAGGCAUUUCGCCGCAUGCAGAGGGGGAAUUGAGUGGAGAAGCGAGUGGAGUAUAUUCAUAUAACGUAUCCAAGGCCGCUGCGAUUCAUCUGACGGACAUACUCGCGGUGAAGCUCAUCUCGAGUAACGUCACUGUAAACGCUAUUCUUCCAGGCGUCUUCCCUUCCAAGAUGACAGCAUGGGGUCUAAAAGAAAACAAGGAUGAAUUGUUAUCAGCGCAACCGACUGGUCGACUCGGUGAUGCAGUAGAUAUGGCCGGUAUUGCGCUUUUCCUUUGUAGUCGGGCCUCUGCUCACAUCACUGGCGCGCACAUUGUCAUCGAUGGUGGAAGCAUGCUUGCACGCAAUAGAUUGUAG